AUGGCUGCCUUACUGAUCCCACGGAGGAACAGAGGGAUGAGGACUCGCCUGGGCUGCCUGUCUCACAAAUCAGACUCAUAUAAUGAUUUCACAGCUAUUCUUCCGGACAAGCCCAACCGGGCUUUGAAAAGACUGUCAACAGAAGAAGCUACAAGAUGGGCAGACUCUUUUGAUGUCCUUUUGUCCCAUAAAUACGGGCUGGCAGCUUUCCGUGCUUUCCUGAAGACAGAGUUCAGCGAGGAGAACCUGGAGUUCUGGCUGGCCUGCGAGGACUUCAAGAAGACGCGCUCGGCGGCCAAGCUGGCCUCCAAGGCCCAGCGCAUCUUCGAGGAGUUCAUCGACGUGCAGGCCCCUCGGGAGGUGAACAUAGACUUCCAGACACGGGAGCUGACCAGAAGAAAUGUGCAGGAGCCCUCCCUCUCUUGCUUUGACCAAGCUCAGGGGAAGGUGCACAGCCUGAUGGAGAAAGACUCGUACCCCAGGUUCCUGAGAUCCAAAAUUUACACAGACCUGCUGUCUCAGACCCAGAGGAGGCUCAGCUAGGAGAGCCACGGGGCCCUCAGAAACCACGUGCUUCCCUCCACAGCCAACAUGUCCAAAUGUGAAACUUUCCUGGUGUUAAAAGCAGUGGGAAUGGGAAAAGAGGGAGAAGGGGCAGAGGAAGCUUCCAGAGAGUGAUCCAGGCGUGGUAUUAAGACUCUUUGACUAUCUGUGCUUUUUUUUUUUU